GGGGGUAUUUCGCAAAUAUUCGGCGCCGGUGUCGGAGCAGAGCAGCUGACGAGUCCUCUCUGCGGGCGGCGGUCGCCGUUAACGGUUCACCGGAGUAAGCAGUGGAUCGCCUAUUCACCGCAGCCGCAGCCGCAGCCGCGUGUCCGUCCGCCCGUAUCAAGCUCGCCCAAAUCUUUUCACUUCUCGACGCGUCCCAUCCAUGCUCGCCUGCAGGUCUCUGCUCGCAAGGGCUAGUCGGCUCACUCGGCCUCUAAUUCCAUGCGCCGCCGGCCCGCCGCUUCGUUGCUUCCACCAGGGAUCAGUUGGUCAAAAUAAGUUGGCGUCAUUUGUGAUGGAAGGAGCGCAAGGAGGGUCAAGUAAUCUGGCAAAACACAAGAAAAGAAAGUCUCCUGUGCAGAGAUGGAGGCCAAUCUCAACAGAAGCAGUUCCCCAGAAAGAUGACGCUAAUGAGAUAUCAAAUUCUGGAAGCGGACAAGUUGUAGAAGAGUGCAUAACUUCUAGCGAGAAUUUGGCAUCAGAUGGAGCAACUAAUGCUGUUAUUGAAGUUACCACCAACGAUGCAUCAUUGUCAAAAAAUAAUAUAAGUCUAGAAUCCAGUUCAACUAAAGUAGUUAUAGAAGACAAUGAGGAGGUAUCUGGCUUCAAUAAAGAUCUUGAUGAGUCCAAUGUCUAUGAAACAUAUUCAUUCUCUAUUGAGGUAGAUGUUCCUUUGAUGCGCUUUGUGAAAGGAAAGGGUGGGUCUAUGCAGAAGAAGAUUGAAGAGGAUACUGGAGUGAAAAUUAUCUUCCCAUCAUCAAGGGAGGAGACUUCUGUUGUCCUUGAAGGAACAAGUUCUGAAAGUAUUAGGAAAGCAUCACAGAUGAUUGCAAAUGUUCUUGAAGAGGUAGAUAUUCAAUGUAAUGCUUCAACAGAUGGUUACUUGGUUAGCGCUGUCCAAAGUCGAAUGCUGGACUACUCCCAUUUCAUAUCACUUCCAUUGGCUAUCCACCCGGAUCUUGUUCACAAGCUCAACUACUUCCAGAGCUCAAUCCUUGGGGCUUCUGCUUCUAAUGAAGAAAGUGAUCAAGACAAGAGACGAAGUGAAGGUUCUAUUGAUGAAAUGGAUCAUGACCACAAGCAAGCAGAUGGCUCAAGUGUUUCCAUCAACCUUCAAGUUCAAGAAGAGUCUGUUCAAGUGAAAAUGGAUAGCAAAGGCUCCCGAUCAGAUUUUGGCAUUGACAAGACAAUAUUCAUCAAACCCAAAACAUUUCACCUUACUGUUGUUAUGUUGAAGUUGUGGAACAAGGAUCGUAUAGCUAAGGCUUCGGAGGUGCUCCAGUCAAUAUCUAGCCAAGUAAAUGAAGCUUUGGAAAACCGACCUAUCUCCAUACAGCUUAGAGGUCUGACAUGCAUGAAAGGCUCUCCAGCUAAGGCCCGGGUGGUGUAUGCUCCAGUGUUGGAAGUUGGUGGGGAAGGACGCCUAGCACGUGCAUGCAAAGUCAUAAUUGAUGCCUUUGUCAAGUCAGGCCUAGUUCUCGAGAGGGAUGCGAGACAAGAGUUGAAGCUGCACGCGACCAUAAUGAACGUGCGGCACCGAAAGAGCAAGCAACGGAACCGGUGGAACGAUUCAUUUGAUGCCCGGGAUAUAUUCAGGAAAUACGGGAAAGAGGAAUGGGGUGAAUAUCACAUUCCUGAGGUCCACCUCUCUCAGAGGUUCAAGUUUGACGAAAGCGGGUACUACCAUUGCUGCUCGUCGAUCCCCUUGCCCGCAGAGAUGCGGGCUAAGUGAGGGUCUGCAAUUCUGCUUGUUGUAACAUACACACUCAGUGUUGGAAUCUCUCAUCAGGUUUUUUACUUUGCUUGAGGCUCUUCCCAUAGGACCUGAGUUUCGGUGGAUUUACUGUUUUGAAUCACUGAUUUCAGUGAUGUCCUGUCGUUGGAUGCUGUUGCUGAUGUUGUAUGAGCAUGGCAAUGUCCUACCUGUAGAGUGUAGAGGGAGGUGGAUCUCAGCUGUUGGUGUUGUUGACAUUGUUUGUGACCUGGCCCAUCCCAUGUGCAAUAAUAAGCCCACGGCUGUGUUUCUGGCUCA